CGGAAAAACUUAAGGUUCAAGAUCGACUGGGCGGGCUUGGUGUAAAAUGUGCCUGAGAACUGGAAGAGAUGGCUGUUAGUAAGAGUUCGGCACAACGCAAUAUAAUUGCCAGGUUAUCCAAUAUCAUUAUAAACACAGAACAAAAGACCCCUCGAAAAAGUGCUUGCAUUACUCCUGUAUUUGGAGGUACUUGCGAAGAAUCUUUAGUCGGUGAACACACAAUUAGGCAGAAUGCUGGGGAAUAUUUCAUGCAAGACCACGAAGUGUCGGGGACUGUUUUGCCGAAUGUCACUUAUGAUGUGUCUGAUGAGCUUUCCUGUGUUAAAACUAUGAGCCGUCAGUGCUACAGUGAAGUCGAAAAGCGGCAUUUUCGACAGGGUGACGACAGCCUCCUCGUUGGAAUUUCACAGAACGCCACUUACGAAGUACCGAACGAUCUCCAGACAACAUCCCAUUCUGUUUUUCUCUGCAGUCAGUGCAAUACAGUGCUGGGGGAUUCUCUUAAUACGUGCGGAGACGACAAACGACUGAACGUGAUCAUCUGCCUCAAGGUUACCAAUGAUCUGGUGGUAGAAGAUGAGCUGCAGUUUGGACUGCAAGGAAAAGUCUCUGGAUGUGUCUAUAAACCCCUGCGGUGUGAAUGCUGCCAGUCCGUUGUCGGCAUGGUGCUGCACUCCACUGCCAGGGCUUUCACCUCUCUCAGGAACCUCUUUCUCCUGCACAAGGAGAACAUCAGCUGCUAUGUUUUGCAGUCUAGAAAUAUGGUUCCAGCUGCUGAGAUGAACUUUGAACUCAAAACUUCACAGAUGGCUAUUAAAGAGUUAAAGCGGGAGCUUGUGGAUUUCAACAACAGGCUAGAGUUAGUUGAACAAAGAUUAGGCCAUGGUCUUACACAAGAUGCCAACCGUACUGUGGAGAUAACCCGGAAAUAACCUCUCCUGAGCCAGCCCUGCUUCCACACGGGUACAGCUCUUUACCCAUCUGCUGUUCAGUUCCAUAGCCACACGUUCUUUUUGUUGCUGCCGUUGUUUUAAUAAGUCAUUCAAAAUAAUAGGUUUCCGCAAAAUACGUUGCUGUCAAACUGUACACAAAAAGGAAAGACCAAUGACAGUCCUAUAUCCCACUGGCACACAUUUGAAAAUAGAUUUCAAAGUUUAAAGCAUUAAACUUAUAAUUGAGUCAAAAAGCAUCCCCACCUCUACAAAUGUACCCAUUUCAGCGUGAGCGCUAUCAUUCUAAAUUGUAAUCUUCCUCUAAAUUUGUUUUGCUCAAAAGGGAGAACUUGGUCUAUUUAUUUUCAGUUACUGCUGUUUACCCAUCUGCUUUUCAGUUCCAUUAAGUGCUAUCUAGUUCCAUAACCAAAUGUUUUAUUGUUGCUGCUGUUUUAAUAAAAUGUAAUUCUA